UGUCAAAUUUAGCGACUAGCGAAAAGCGAUUACAAAGAUUCGUCUUUGUAAUCGCUUUCUUGAAGAUUUGCUUAUAAAUUACUUUCAUGUGCGUUUACUACUAUAACUCGAAAACAUUUAUAGAUAAUGAUGUCAACUACAGAAGGAGAACUGGACGUGGAAGUAGCCCAUGAACGAGAAGAUGGCGAGUUGGAGGAUUCAGAUGUGGAAGAAGGCACUUAUAUUCCUUUGGAGCGUCCAGAAGUCUUCAACCCGCCUUCUUUAGUAAAUAUGCAGAUUCAGGAUGAGCAAAGCGAUGAGGCUUCGCUGGCCGAGUCGUCGGGCUCCGAGUCAGAUGAUGAACCGAGGCGUCACGCUAAACGCACUAAAUUGAGGCCACAACGCCCACAACCACAAACUCAAUCAGGGCGCAAUAAGAAAUACAAUAUAUGGUGCCAAGCUUUGCAGGAAGAUCUCUUGACUGAAAACAUGGUUACAUGUGAUGUAUCAAAGAAAAGAUAUGGCGUUGAGUCUUAUGAUUAUACCAUUAAGUAUAGAUUAGACGAUAAUUAUAUUUCUAAAAAAGUUUUUAAUAGCAAUCAUGAAAAUCAUCAAGCCAAUAAGAGCCACAACAAAAGGACAUUCUCAGACAGAUCCAAUGUGAAGUUAAGGUUAGGGAAGAGGAUGAAUAGCCACCAGCCCACUGAAGAGAAACAGAAUCCUAGGUUACUGCCAGACUUGGUUGUUACAGCUGAUGAUCCUUUGGAAAAUAUUGCUUAUGAAAUUGCUGAAAAACUUGCUGAGGAGAAGAAGGACCUGAUUGCGAGGAUUGUGGAGGUGCUGGGAGCAAGUAAGGCAAUUGAAAUUUAUAAGGAGACACAGCAUGUAGAAGCGGAUGGGGGUAUGCUUGUUAUGAAUGGCACCCGUCGUAGGACGCCUGGUGGAGUAUACUUCUUCCUUUUAAAGAGAGAUGAUGAAGUAUCACAAGGAAUGGUCAACAAGAUAUUCAAUGAGGAUAGGAAGGAAACAGCUCGAAAAAUUAAGAAAGGGCGCGCUAAAAGUCGCCAAAAGGUUAUGGAACAGUUAAAACAAAGUCUCACAGACUCCGAACUGCCCUCGCUGUUAUCACGAGGUGAAGCGACAGUACAAACAGAGCACGGUUCCAAUCCGCCUCCAUCACCCGCAACCGACGCCCGCGAGUGCUCGAGCGACACUGACGAGCACUCGCCUACAGAGCAGGAACACCUCCCCUCCCCCGUGAGACCUCUCUCUCCCCUUCCUGAUAGAACGAGACCAAUACAAGAAUAUGAAGAUGGAGAUUACUUAGAAGUUAUGUGUAAUGAUGAAAUGGACUUUUUCUAAACUUUGGUGCUGUUGUGUUUUUUAUAUUAAACAAUUAUCCUACGACUGCGUGUUUUGUCAGAGUAGAGGCAAUGAGAUAAAAAAGUCAAGUAAUAAUCUAUUGAGAUAGGGAGUGGUACAAAUAUCAUAACAAUUAACAAUGAUUAUUGAGGAAAUAAUGUUUGAGGUUGGUUUUCAUUAAUAUGCAUUUAAACCCAAUGUUAUUUGCUCACAUGUGCUCUACUCUGCUGGUUUGUAUAAAUCCUCUUUGAUAGAGGAAGUAAUGCAUUCAUAAGUGCACCCAGGGCUGUGAUUUUUACUGCGGCCCAAUUGCCUUAGAUCCUUGUAAUAUUAAUGUGCUUCGAUGGUACUUGUCAAUUCAUAUUGUUUUUCGUGAGACUGAAGUGUUUGCAUUUGUUAUGUAUUAUGGUAGUCUGGGGACUAUACAUGUGAAAUGUUGUUGAACUUCUCAGCUUUUUCUAGACUAGCAAUAUCAAAGGCCGGGUACUCAAUAUUUGGAUAUCUCGAGAAUAUUAAUAUAAUGUGUAUUGAAAUUAUGAACGUGUUCUGAAAGGAAAUAGCUAUCGUGAAUAUUGAAUGUUACUGUAAUAUGAUAUUUAUAACUUAAUGAUAAUGUAAUAGUUCCAGUUGAAUACAUAUGUAGUUUGGCCCGAUAUUUGUUUAGAUGUUAACUCCAGUGCCUGUAAAGAUGUGAAAAGUGCGAUCUAACAUAAAUUAUAAUGGUAGCAAAUUAAAUUGCGACCUUUUAAUAAUAUUAACAUUGUAUUGUACGGUACAUAAUAAAUAUACUAUUUUUACUUUUAUACUUAAUGUUAAGUGUUUGAUGUUUUUGUUACUUAUACAUUAUUAAGGGCAAAAAUUCAUUGCAUUAUCUUGUUGCAGUCGUCUAUUGAUACAAAUUGUAAAAAAGCGAGGUCUUAGUAUUCCUACAAGGGAGAAAUUUUAUGUAACUAUAUAAUAUAAUGUGGUUGAUAAAAUUAAAAAGUAGACUGAUGUUUUAGGAUUGUAAAGAAAAACCUUUUUUUAGGGGAAGUAAACAGAAUUAAUAAAUUUCAAAUAUAUACUUAAUUUUAAUUUAUAAUGCCUUGAUUUUUUAUAUCAAUAACUGAUUUGUUUAUCUAUAGGUAAAAUUAAAAACAUAAGAGCUAAAUUCAAAUUUACUGAGCAGUAGAACUUUGACUGAAAGAUUUUCUGCUUACUUCCACUGACUAUACAAUUGCUUGACUAAAUCGGUCUUGCUCAGAACUUAAGAUUGCCAUCACUAUCCACUACUAAUUUAUUUUUUCUUUUAUUAUAGUUCUUAUUAGCUGGGUGAUUUAGUUUUCAUAUUGAGUUAAUCUAAACAUAUUUAUUUCCAAAUAUGAAACAUUUCUCCCAUUCUCCAAAAUCACACAAUUCCAAGGAAGAAGAUAAUAUCUAAUAUUGUCUUAAACAGCUUGGUAAAUGUUAUGGUGAAAACUGUUCUUUUAUUCCAGGGUGCCUUCGGUUCUUGCUCUUAAAAUACUUUAGUGUAUAGCUGUAAAGAACUAAUUAAUUGUUUGCACAUUUAUUAUUUCGUAUUAUGGCACAAAUAUUGAGUUGCUAUUUAUUUAUUUUUAGCUUGUAAAAAGUAUGGUUUAGCAAUGUUUAUCAAUAUUUAAAGAUUCCUAAUCAUAAAGUAUACUAUAAUAAUUAUUUUUAUAGAAAAGACUAAAUAAAUCCUGUUCCAAGUUCAUGCUGAAAAGAAACAAUAACUUGGUACAAAUUAUAACUAAAAAUAGCAGUAUUCAAUACAGAUACAUAUUUAUCUAAAUAGUUCCCAUAAAAUUUUUAACUAGAAAUCCAAACCCAUAGUAUUGCAGUUUUGGGCACUAUCUUGUAUCCGCCUAUAAAUUUAUUUUUAUAACAGUAAUGAUAGUUGAAUUACAUUUUUGUCACAAUUAGUGAUUCAUAUAACACUUGGCUGUAUUAUAAAGCUGUAGAAUGUAGACAAUAAAUUAAAUUUAGAAAUUCAGUGGGUCUAUUAUGCAUAUUGUGGAUGAAUUAAUAAAUUAUGCAAAUUGAACUGAAUGCUCUGUUGCAUAUAUUGUUAAUGUUCUGUUUUCAUUCAAUUCAAAUCAUCUCUGACAUUUUACAAUGUUAAAAGAACUUGUCAACAUGUUAUAUUUUUUACUGGUCUCUUAAACUCUUAAGUUUGUGUGUAGUUAAUGUACAGUCUGUUAUUAUAAUAGGGAAACAUAUUUGUAUAAUAAAGUUUUGUAGAAAAC